AUGGGCAAAACUCCAGCAAUUGGUAUCGACUUGGGAACCACAUAUUCCUGUGUAGGAGUGUGGCAACAUGGAAAAGUGGAAAUCAUCGCCAAUGAUCAAGGAAACAGGACUACCCCAAGUUAUGUCGCCUUCACCGAUACGGAAAGGUUGAUUGGAGAUGCUGCCAAGAGCCAAGUGGCAAUGAAUCCAAAAAACACCGUCUUCGACGCCAAACGUCUGAUCGGUCGUAAAUUCGACGACGAAAAAAUCCAACAGGACAUGAAACAUUGGUCCUUUACCGUGGUCAAUGACGGAGGCAAGCCCAAAAUUCAAGUCGAAUACAAAGGCGAAGUGAAAAAAUUCGCCCCCGAAGAAGUCAGCUCGAUGGUUUUGACCAAGAUGAAGGAGAUAGCUGAAACUUUUUUGGGAGGCCGAGUAACUGAUGCUGUCAUCACGGUACCCGCUUACUUCAAUGACUCCCAAAGGCAAGCCACUAAAGACGCCGGGGUUAUUGCUGGAGUAAAUGUUUUAAGAAUUAUUAAUGAACCUACUGCAGCUGCUUUGGCUUAUGGAUUGGACAAAAAUUUGAAAGGGGAAAAGAAUGUUCUAAUUUUCGAUUUGGGCGGUGGAACUUUUGAUGUUUCUAUUUUGUCAAUUGAUGAAGGUUCUUUGUUCCAAGUAAGAUCAACUGCUGGCGAUACUCAUCUUGGUGGAGAGGAUUUCGACAACCGUCUGGUAAACCACUUUGUUGAAGAAUUUAAAAGGAAAUUCAAAAAAGAUCUGAGCACCAAUACAAGAGCGUUGAGAAGAUUGAGAACUGCUUGCGAAAGGGCAAAGAGAACACUAUCCUCAUCUACAGAAGCCAGUUUGGAAAUUGAUGCUCUUCACGAUGGUGUAGAUUUCUACUCGAAAAUCACCAGAGCUCGAUUUGAAGAACUUUGUAUGGAUUUAUUCAGAUCCACCUUAUUGCCUGUUGAAAAAUCUUUAAAUGAUGCCAAGCUUGAUAAAGCAGCAAUUCAUGAUGUUGUUUUAGUUGGUGGUUCCAUAAGAAUUCCGAAAAUACAAAAAAUGCUUCAAGAUUUCUUCUGUGGUAAAACUUUGAAUCUUAGCAUCAAUCCAGAUGAAGCUGUAGCUUAUGGGGCAGCUGUUCAAGCUGCCAUUCUGAGUGGUGAUACUUCAUCUAAAAUUCAGGAUGUUCUUUUGGUAGACGUGGCUCCUCUUUCUUUGGGUAUCGAAACUGCCGGAGGUGUUAUGACCAAACUUGUGGAAAGAAACUCUAGAAUUCCUUGCAAGCAACAGCAAACCUUUACUACUUAUUCUGAUAAUCAAAAUGCAGUUACGAUUCAGGUGUUUGAAGGUGAAAGGGCUAUGACGAAAGAUAAUAACCUUUUGGGAACUUUCAAUUUAACUAGUAUACCUCCCGCUCCGCGAGGUGUGCCUAAAAUUGAAGUUACUUUCGAUCUUGAUGCAAACGGCAUUUUGAAUGUAUCUGCUAGAGAUACCAGCACAAAUAGAUCCGAAAAAAUUACCAUUACAAACGAUAAAGGGCGUCUUUCUAAAGCCGAAAUCGAUAAAAUGUUGGCUGAUGCUGAAAAAUACGCGUCCGAGGAUGAAAAGCAAAAAUUAAGAAUUACAGCUAGAAAUCAAUUGGAAGGAUACAUUUUCAGUGCUAAACAAGCUGUAGAAAAUGUUCCAUCUGACAAACUACCCGAAGCUGACAAAAAGCUGGUUGAAGAUAAAUGUUCGGCUGCUCUUCAAUGGUUGGACAACAAUCAGCUGGCCGAAAAAGACGAAUAUGAGGAUAAACUGAAAGAAUUGCAAAAGGAGUGUCAGCCUGUUAUGAUGAAGUUACAUCAAGGCGGUGGCGCUGCUCAGGGCGGGCAAGGAGGUCCUAAAGUUGAGGAAGUUGAUUAA